AUGCCUCCACAGAGGCCUCCCCGUCGUCGCGAGCAGCUUCAGAGUGAACCCCGCGCGACCCCCAAUCGAGAGAUUACCUCUUGGAAACGAGCCCGGAGCGACCUCGACGAAACGAACCCCCGGCGCGCCCGCGCCACGGAGCGAUCCGCAAGAAGCGUCGAGUGCCCAGCGCGGCUUCGAGGGUGGAGGCCUGUUAAGACGGCGGCACCAGCUGAGAACAGCUGGGCGUGCCAAGGAUUCAGCUGGACGAAGGAUUACCCACUCGACCGAUGGGGAAGCAAAGAGAGUCUCUACUUCGAGAAGGUGCUCGCGAUGCCUCCAGCACGGGAGCAGGCUGCGCAAAGCAGCGCUUAA